AUGUCUAAAGAAUUGCACAAGUACUAUUUACUCCCCGAAGAACCAGAACCAUAUCGUACUUGUAAAAGCAAACGAUUCAUCACGAAAGUUAUGUUCCUUGCAGCCGUAGCUCGGCCAAGGUUUGAUGCCGCUGGAAAUGAGGAGUUUUUGGGUAAGAUAGGAAUUUUUCCAUUCACGUUCAAGGAACUGGCAAAGCGAAGCAGUAAAAAUCGACUGGCCAGUACAAUGGAGACUAAGGCGAUUGUAUCAGUAACCAAAGACAUCUAUAGUUCGUGUUUGAUUGAGAAAGUUCUCCCAGCUAUUCGAUCUAAAUGGCCGCAUUCUAGUGCAACGGAACCCAUCUACCUUCAACAAGAUAAUGCAAAACCUCACAUUAGUCCAUUGGAUGCUGAUUUUGUAGAAGCUGGAAGUAAGGAUGGGUUCAAUAUGCGCUUAUUGUUUCAACCGCCUCAAAGUCCUGAUAUGAAUGUUUUAGACCUUGGAUAUUUUAGGGCAAUACAAUUUCUUCAACAUCAAGAAGCACCGAGAACUAUUGAUGAGCUUGUUCAUGUCGUGGAGAAGUCAUUCGAAGAAAUGUCAUCGGAUAAUCUCAACCGGGUGUUUUUAUCAUUACAAGCUUGCAUGAUUGAGGUGAUGAAGUCAGCUAAGAAGUUUUUGAUGGCACUCUUCAAGUCAAGUUUGAAAUUGUUGAAUAGAGAGAAGGCUACAUGCAGCAUUGUCUUUUUGUGA